CGUGAGAUGAGAGGGACGUAAAUCAUAUCAUCUGUCGGUUCUAUAAACUCUUUUUCAUCACCUUUUAUCGCUUAGCCAGGCAAUACCAAAACCAAAAUAUACGAUUCAUGUAUUUUUAUUCUGAUCAUAACUCUACGUCUUCAAGUUAACCUAUUUUGUUCAAACGGAGCCGGGUGUCAUGCUGCGCUGAAUUCAGUUUCAUCGCAGCCGACCGCUGACAUAGUUUUUUUUUUGCCAAACAUGAGCCAAGAGAACUUUGAGGAUACUCCUUCGACCUCAACAGAGAGUACUGAAAGAAAACUACCGUGGGACCUCAGCGAGUUCAGCUCAUCAACACAACAGAUAAAUCACUUGAGAAUGCCAGUGCCCAGCAGUGCCUUCGUCCCCACCAUAAAUGCAAUAGCAUCUAGCCAGGACUUACAGUGGAUGGUCCAGCCAGCUGUCCUAGGGUCCGUGUCGGGCCCCGGUAUUCCGUCACACCCAUACAGCCGGCCCAUCACCCACACCACCCACAGUGGACAUGCUCGGCCAGGUGUCAUACACGCCAUAAUUAACACCAGUUGGCAGCGGAAAAGAACUCAACAGCUGAGCCCCGAGGAGGAGGAGAAGCAGAGGCUACGGAGGGAGCGGAACAAGCUGGCCGCUGCCAAGUGCCGGAACCGGAGGAGGGAACUGACGGAUCUCCUGCAAGGGGAGACGGACCGUCUGGAACAGGAGCAGGCCAGCCUCCAACACCAGGUGGACUCCCUUCGGGAUGAGCGCGCCCGCCUGGAGCUCCUGCUCACCACCCACUCCUCCGUCUGCAGCCUCCCCCAGAAGGAGACCCCCUGCUCGGGCAUGUACCCCGUUGACAUGCCCCUAACCUCCAGCAGAGCACCUCUGGAGGUCAAACGAGAACCGGAGGAGGCCAAAGAGGGGGCGCUCUACCCUUUAAAGCAGAAAGCUCUACUUGAGACUGAGGACCAGUAUGAACUCAAAGAUGCGUACAGCUCUCAGUCGGCCACAGGGUUCAAUUUUAGCUACCGGUUCAUCGACUGUCCGUCCUCGGAGACGGACAGCUCUCUGUCGUACACUGACGAGCUGCUGCACAGCUCUCUCACAAAGGCUCAGUCGACUGAGAACAGCAGAGGCUCACACUAUAGCGACGUGAGGGUCUUAAGCUCGCCCUCACUCUAAAAAGGGAAAACCAAGGUCCACUUAAAGGGACACAUCACCGAUU